GGCUGGGAGCGGCCGUUGGGAGCUCGGCCCUUCCUGGGCCUGCCUGGCGUAAGCCUGUCGCUCUCCUCCCCGGUGGCCGUGGUAUGGAUGGCAAGAAAUACAGCGUGUGGAUGUUUUUACCUCUUGUGUUUGCUGUGUUUACAUCAGCUGGAUUAUGGAUAGUGUACUUUAUAGCAGUGGAGGAUAACAAAAUUAUCCCACUAAAUGUACCAGAUAGGACACCCGGUUCCAAAAGACCACCUUAUAUAAGUAUUGCAGGUGACGCACCUCCUGCAAGCUGCGUGUUUAGCCAAGUCAUGAACAUGGCGGCAUUUCUAGUACUUGUUUUGGCUAUCCUGCGCUUCAUUCAGCUGAAGCCGAAGGUGCUAAACCCUUGGCUGAAUGUCAGCGGCCUGGUGGCGUUAUGCUCGGCCUCUUUUGGGAUGACCCUACUCGGCAACUUCCAGAUUUCGAGUGAUGAGGAGAUCCAUCUUGUGGGCACAUCACUGACUUUUGGUUUUGGGACCUUGGCAUGCUGGAUCCAGUCUGCCCUCACCCUCAAGAUCAACCUGAAGAAUGAGGGGCGGAAAGUCGGGAUUCCACGAGUUGCCCUGUCAGCCAGCAUCACCCUCUGCGUGGUGCUCUAUUUUAUCCUCAUGGCACAGGGCAUUCACAUGCAUGCCUCCAGGAUCCAGUGGGGCCUGGUGAUGUGCUUUGUAUGCUUCUUUGGUACCUUUGCAGCAGAGUUCAGGCACUACAGAUUUGAAAUCGUUUGUUCUGAGUACCAGGAGAACUUUCUGAGCUUCUCUGAAAGCCUAUCGGAAGCCUCUGAGUACCAGACAGAUCAGGUGUAGCGGGUGCUCUGAUGGGGGGAGUGGGGUAGGUGUGGUCUCAUGGGUUAAACAUGACCUCAUUUACACUUCUUUGAUGAGUUUAUUUUCAUGUGCAAUCAUGAUCGUAUUGCCAAAGGCCUCUGAGGGUGGCUGUUGUGUUAGGAGCCCCCAGCUGUCUGCUGGAAGAGGAGUGGACCCUUCUCCAUGGCAGCAUGAGAGAGCACAAGCUGAUUAGCUUGCUACCAAUGACUCUGAGUGACUGUGUCAUGCUGUUCAAAACAUUCAACAGCCAGUCCUCAUGAUGCCCCUCCAGGACAGGGCAUUCCUCAGCCUGUUCUGCAGAGGAAGAGAUGAAGAAAAUUGACUUCUCUGAACAGCAGGAUUCUUCAGGAGCUGCUGUUUCCAGUGUCAUCAGACUGCAACUUUUGUGAGUUUCUUGUGUUGUUUUCUUUGCUGCCAACUCGUGUAACUUGGUUGGGUGAGAAAGAAUGGCUGUUUCUUCUGGACUUGGAAUCGGGCAGUGGAAGACCCCAGCUGGCUUUUAUGGUGAGCAGGCAGGCAUUUUGUCCAGCCUGGAAGCUGAGUUUGGGAGAAACUGUGGUCUGUGAUCAGGAAGCAAGACUUGGCCAAUGCUGCCUCCUAGCUAGGCAGACUGUCCUCAGGCCAUAGGAGAUGGCACAGUGGGAUGCUGUGCUUGGCUUCAUGUUCCAGACUCAGUGGUGGGUACUGGUGGAAGUAAAGCUCUGAAUUAAGAUGGGAAUGCCUGUGAGCUCUGAAGAUGACCCAGAAAAGGCUGCUUUUUGUAAGUGUGUAGUGCUUCAUCUGUGAUAUUUCAAAAGAUUUUGGUUUUGUUUUUAUUCACCAAGAGGGAAGACAUUGUGUUAACAGUACUGGGUUCACCUGCAAUGAGAACAGGACCAUUGUAGGUUCUGGGCAUAGCAUUUGGUUUUGCUGUUUUGUGUGCUUACAGCAAAAAGCAAGAGCUCAAAGCCCCUGUUUGAAACCCUGACUUUGGGAAGGUUGCUAUAUUGGCUGUGCAGGGGAGCAAUGGGAGUUCCUUCUCAUGAACAUAGCUCCUGUUUUCCUCUGAGCCAGGCUCAGCUUAGGACUGUAUCUUGUCUGAGCUGCAGGAAAGUAAGCAGAAGUUAAAAUGGUGACAGGUGUUUGAAGGGGAGCUCCAUACUGCAUAUGGCAUUUCUAGCAGAGAGGGAAAAGGCAUGAGGGCAUUCAGUCUUCUGCAAAGGCCAAAAGCCUCUCCUGAGAGGCAGUUGAGAAAAACUUGUGUCAAAACUAGUGUAAGCAGAAAGCUGUCAGCCAGCCCCUUCAUCUAAGGGCCAAAUUUUGUUCUUAUGCAGCUGUGUUAUAAAUCCAGAGCAUCUCCAGCCAACAAAGUUGUUGCACUGCUGAGGGCCUCCUUGUAGCUGUGUCCUUAGUCGGAAGCUUUCCUGGAAGGAUGUGUGGAAGGUGGCCCAGGGGUACCCAGCAGCCCAGCCGCAGAGCUCCUCCUAGGCAAGGGCAGGAGAGGGUGAAGAUGCAGCUGGGAAUCCUCUUACAUGGGCACACAUGCUCAGUGUAUAUGGAGCACAAAACAGAUUAAUUUUAAGGGUGUUUUACUGUAAAUAAUCCACUGUGACCUUUUUUUUAAUACAUUAAUACUUUAUCAUUUCAUAAUCUGUAAUUUUAUCAGGGGAACAAAGAGAUUGUUUGUCUGUUGCUUUGUUUCUUUUUUUUUUCUCUCCUUUUCCUAUAUGCAAUCCAAAGUGAACUUCAGGUUUUGGGUGAUAACUCUGUACACUUAAGAGUAUUUCUAACAGCACAUUUCAGUACAACUAAACAACAGCUGAUACACACUGAAACACAACCACUAAAUAAAGUGCUUUUAUG